UGCAGUCACAUACCAGACAAUACAGAGUUCCCCUUACCUGGCAAAUGCAGAAAAUACUUCAGAUGCUACAACGGAAAAGCAGAAGAGAAAUGCUGUCGGUGGGGUUAUUCUUUUAAACAAGGGAGAGGAUGUCGCCGUGAUUAUCACUGUAAAGAAAAGUGUGAUUCACAACAUCCAGUGCCAGACCCACACGAUCUCCAAGAUCGUUGCAGAAACAUGCCACAGGGAUCAGAACUCCGCGUGCCUGGUAAAUGUAGACAAUACUUGAGAUGUUACAACGGAAAAGCAGAAGAGAAAUGUUGUCAGUGGGGUUACUCUUUUAAACCAGGAAGAGGAUGUCGCCGUGAUUAUCACUGUAAAGAAAAAUGUGAUUCACAACAUCCAGUGCCAGACCCACAUGGUCUCCAAGAUCGUUGUAGAUAUUUGCCAGACCAUUCGACGUUCCCAAUGGAAGGCAGAUGCAGAGGAUACUGGACGUGUUACAACAGAAAGCCGAGAGCGAGCUGCUGUUUAGAAGGUUAUUCGUUCAUAGAAGGGAAAGGAUGUCAACGAAAUUAUCGUUGUCGAGAAAGUUGCAUACCAUCACCAGCAGGGGAUUGCCGCCCUGAAGCCUCAUACGACUUCAAAAAUUCCUUAGAUGACCAGUCCGGCAACAAUGUGCGUGCCAAAUAUCAACAUGUAAAACAUAGUCGCAGUGGGAAAAUAAAAUUUUCCCGUUCAAGUAGAAUGACCAUCGAACAUUUUGCUCGUCAAAGUUUCGGUACUCAUUUGUUCAUUGCACUGAAAUUCAAAAAAUAUAAAUAUGGGUCUAGGAGACAAGUGCUUCUUACAAAUUGUGCGUGCUGUGUGUCUCAGAAACCGUCCAUACAAAUCAUUGUUACUCGUCGGCGUAUAAAAAUGAAACUUGCAACCAGCGAUGGAAGAAGAGAAAAAUUAAAGUUUAGACUGAAGCGUCGCAGGAAGGUCCGCCUGACUCUGCAGUAUGAUGGAAAUACCUUUAGGGGUACAGUAAACAACCAAAAGAGAAGUGCCCAGCUCAGAGGUCGUAUUGCUAAUACACAUUCUCCGCUUGUAAUUGGAGGUUGUCAUGAUGAUUCAUUUGUUGGAAAGUUGUUUUAUAUCCAUAUCUACAAGUGUCUUCCGAGUGAUCGCCGUCAACUAAAAUAAAAAGAAAAAGGUGAAGAAUCAGCACCAACUUCGAAAUGCCAUGCAAAAUGGACAUUAUAGAAAUAUUGACAAAAAUUCUGGGACCAAUGAAAUUUCUUAACAAUAUAUUUAAUGCAACUUAUUUCAAGGUUUUGCACAAGGCCAGUAAUUUCGUGGGUGGGGGGAUAAAUCGCUUACAUGGAUCCCAUUGUUCAACUCGUGCUUAAUUUAUCGACCCCGAAAGGAAAAAGGUAAAGUCGACCCCGCCGGCAUUUGAACUCAGAACGUAAAGUCGGGAGAAAUGUCGCUAAGCAUUUUCUACUUAUUAAUUAAUUUCUACAUAUUAAUUAUAUAUUUUAUAUUAUAUACUUAAUUAAUGAUGAUAAUAAAUGUUUAGCUAUGGAAGAGAAAGUGGAAUGCCAGAAUGAGAGAAAAGGUAGAGUGCCGGUUUAAAGUUAUUCCGAUAUAGAGUUACAUCCCUUUAUGUUCUAUCUCAGACACUUGUCGGUGAUUGCUCUGCUUUUCAGGGUUGAUAAAAUAAACAUGAAUCAUUUUUGGCGUCGAUUCUAUUUGUGGUUUUGUGACCCUGUAAGAGAUCAAUAGUACUGUUAGCUAUGGCGAUUGUCUUAGAGUAAAAGUUGCGCAGCUGGUGAGUUGGGGCUGUAAUUCAGUUUUGAUUCUCAGUUGGUGGAAAUUCUGUUCGCUUAAGAUAUCAAUCUAAAGCUUGGAAAAGCAUGAUUAUUACAAAAUCUCAUGUUAUGCUUCCUCUAAAAUAUCAUUGUUAUCUCAGAACAUUUAGCUAUGAAGUAA